CCUUAAACGGAGAGGAAAAAGUAAAGGAAAGGCAUUUGUGAAGUCUAGCUUUUAAAGGAUUUGUAAAGCAUCCUCUUCCAGUGGAGCUGUGGGCUCUCUGACUCUUGUAGCUGCUGGCGGACCACCCUGCUGACCACACUGACUUUGUGGUCAAAGGGCUUGUACACUCUGGUGUGAAGUCUGCGACGCGAGGGAAGUCAUUAGUCUUCAUUAGCAACUUCCAGGAGUUUCUUAUGAAGUGCUGUGAAGUUGUCAUUUGCCCCCUUUGCCAGGCAAGCUAGAUUUGAGGUUUGUUUUCUUAUCUGGUGGACCAAAUGUGAGCUCGCCCGGCCCCUAGUUGGUGCAUGUGACACCACGGUCACUCUGCAGUUAAGUCAGGGAUGCCAGAGAUGAUAUUGUAACAGAUCAUGUUCACAGCUUUGUUUUUUUUGUGUACUAUUUGCAAGCAGGCAAAGUGAUGAAUUUACCUUCAACAGACGUAUCAGUUCUGCUUUCCUGUUGAGCUUUGGUGCUAUUUGUAUGCAGACUUAUAGAUUAAAGUUCUCUGCAGUGCCAUAAACUCAACAUGAUAUUAUGAAUCCUCUCGAAUCACAACACAGCAUUUCUUAGCAGAUACAGCUAAAUCACAAUCGACCUGUUGUCAGGUGAAGGCAUUUCCCCUGCCAUGUAAUAUUGUUCGGUCUCCUGUGACAUCAUGUUGUCUCCAGCCAUGGGGCUGCUAUCUCUACAAACCCCUCAAAGUGGCCAAUUAAGCAUCAAAAGGGCAUGCUGCAUGGCUAAUGUGAGCGAAAGGUGUGAGAUUUCUCGUCGGUCCACUCCGGGGGCUCUUUAUUGGGCUGCUGGAGAGCCGUCUGAUCCCCGGGCCCUGGCUGUAUAUUGGCAGCUGUUAACUGUCGAGCACAAGGGGAUCUGUGCAGUUAAAGCAAAUGGCUAAAGACUGACACCUGGGAGGUGGAACUUCGCUGCCAAAGGUGAACCAGGAGUAGACGCAGGAAGGAAAGCCACAGUGGAGUCAUGUAUGAGACACGGGGCUUCAGUUGAACAGGAGGAAUCAGCUGUUUAUCAUAACAGAAGAUAUCUAUGAUCAGUCCUGAACGUUUCCUCCUGUCAUCCCUCAUUAUUUACUCCAAAAUGAUAUGAAGUAGCUACAUUCCAUACAGUAUAUUUAGGGCCUUAAACAAAUCCCACAAUGUUUUUGGUUUGCAGUCCUUAUUAGUCUUCUCCAGGUGACCUCCCUGAUGUGUCAUCCAAUCCAAAUCGCCCCCCAGGCUUGCUGUUACAUAAGACAGUGCUCCCUGUCAUGCCUCUUUGUGCCUGACUUUUGUCCCCAGGCCAUGCAGCGAGGCAUUAACCAGUCACACCUGUCACCUCCAGACCCGGUGCGUAAUGGGAUUGACACUGCCGCUGCUGAAAUGUACACCUCAGCUCAGACACACUCCGCUGCUAGAGCUGCAGUGCGGAGAAAGUCUCAUCAUAAUCUCUGUAAUCCUCAUAUAGCGUCUUCCUCCUAAACACUCGCAGAUGUGUGUGACCUCUCUGCCCCAUGAAACAGUGGAAGGGUGUCCCCAUGCAGGACCCAGAGAAGAGCUGGCUAAGUGAGGAGAGCAACACCGAACCUGUGCUUAAUAACUCCUCGACAACAGUUGGUUUCACAUAAAGAGGAUAAAAACACAUCGCACUUCCUCAAGGCCAAAGAAGAAGAAGGGGGGGUGCUGGGAGGGUCCUGCGUCAAGACAUUUAACAUGAGUAAAUGAUCGUACGGAGAUCUCUGCAUCUUUAAGUGCAUCAUUACAAGCUGAAUGUUGUUAUCCUUUUUAUUCUGCAUCGACCACGCACAGAAGCCUUAAAGAGGCGAGUCAAUAUUUUCACAGGGAAGUCUUUCUAGCAGUGAAUAUCUCUCUUUGUGCUCACUUAACUCCUGAUUCAACAGAGUGCUGUGCUACCUUCAAAGCUCCGGGACCAAUGCAUGCUGCACACAUUGCUUUUAAAACUCUAGAUCAUAAGUUACAUUUGGUUUUAUUAUUCAAACUGUUAUCCAUACAGUUACACAAAUCCUUUCGUGAAUGGGUGUCAGAGAGCUGAGCUAACAGAAGGCAUUGUAUGCACCAUGCAGGCAUGAGAAUACAAUAAGAAGUGGAAGUGGUGUGUCUGUGCUAGAAAAAGAGGUUGAAUGAGAUGUGAAAGUCGCCCUCAAUUCAAAUUUUCCUGUCAGUGGAAACGAGGGGGGGGGACUGUGGUCUAAUUUUCUUCCUCUAUGCUAAUACCUGCAGUUUAGCAUUUGUUUUGCAUGCAGUAGCAUGGCACGAGGCAGGCCUAUACAUGACACGCGUGGAUUUAGCCUGGAUGUGGGUGGUGGGAGGAUGGUGGAGUUGUUGUGGCAAGUCUUUAUUCUAAGACUCCUCCUGUCCCAUUCAAGGCUGACUUGGGCUUGUGGUGCUAACUGGCUGUUAAUUGCCUGCCUAUACACAAGGCUUUCUCCACAUGCAGAAACUAGCCAGGGAAACUAGCCUAAUGAGAUUAUCUAUCAGAGCAUGGGCCUGUCUAGACACCCCAAUACACAACCCACCACCAGCUGUGCCUGCAGAGGCUUCAGAGAACGCCCCCCAGGUAAAAGUUACCUGCCGAAAGAGUGCACGUAAUCAUUACACCAUUAUGGGUUUACACCCACUGCCUAAUUUUCUAUUAUGGCGAAAGCUGAGAAUAAAGUUGUGUUAAAGUAAAACGCAUAUUUGAUGUCAGAAAAUUUCAAUUUCUAAUUUCAGAUCAAUAAAAAGGAUGAGUGUAAUAAUAACUAGUGUUUGAAUAAGGGUUAUACUUUGAGAAAAAUAUUUUUUAAAGAAAAUAAUGACACAAAACCAAAUUAAAUGCACCCUCCAUUAGAUUGCAGUUUCAUCAGGUUUGGUGAAUCUAAUAAAUUGGGUAUUUACAACAUUGCACAAACACUCUAAAUGCCAUUUUGGUGUGCAGUUAUGUCCGCGUGAAUGAUAUUUACACAGAUUCUGGUGCCGCUGCGAACCACCGAUCUGCAGAAGGUCCGUCCAUAUUGGUUUUAAAGUCUCUUAGCAGUUAAUAAAGAUGCAAUUCCUUGGUACCCCUUCCUGUGGGGACGGUAUCAAGGCUCUGUUAAGUCUCUUUGAUUUCCAGCACCCUCCAAUCACAGCGGGGCUCUGACUCAUCAUUGUGCCACUUCAAAGCCUGGGAAUGGCUCUCUUGACCCAACCCACUCCCCGGCUGUCCUUAAAAGUCAUGGUCACCACUCCCAGCAGGACUCGUGAUCUCUGAAUUAUCUGCUGCAACAAGACUGACUAACCCUGAGCUGCUGGAUUUCUCUUUUUACUUUGUCACAUGAGGAAGGAGAUCAAGGAGUGGGAGCAGAGCUGAAGAAUCACUUGGAUAUCACAGAUACUUGGAUUGCUAAUUGGCCCUCAGUGCAUGAAGCUCUUUCAAGCAAUCCCUGCGCUACUGCUGAACCUGAACAAUGCAGUCCAUCAGAGGUGAGUGUUGACCGAUGUUCGUUGGACGAAAACCGAGCCUCUCAAUUGGUAAACUCCUAUUUCCCAACCAGUGUUGUCUUCGGUGGUUUUGUCUUACCUGGGGCAUUCUUUUCUGAAUCCUGACGUCUAUCACAUUUACUGAAGCGUGUGGCUAUGAUGAUUCUCAUUCACUUUUAGAUUUGAAGUCAAACUUCAGCGUCCCUCCUCACUCCUCCAUGGCUGCUGGCCCCGAUGCCUAUCUCCAGGGCAACAUCAGAUUGACUCUGGAGGACCCUGAACUCUGGAAGACCUUUUGCGAAAUAGGAACAGAGAUGAUUAUCACUAAACCGGGCAGGAGGAUGUUUCCACACUGUAAGAUUAAUCUGUCGGGCCUUAUUCCAUGUGCCAAAUACAUCUUACUGGUUGACAUGGUCCCCGAGGAUGGUUGCAGAUACAAGUGGAAUAAAGAGAAAUGGGAGGUGGCAGGGAAAGCGGAGCCCCAGCCUCCCUGCAGGACCUACCUCCACCCCGAAUCUCCAGCCCCGGGGAGCCACUGGAUGAAGCAGUCCAUCGCCUUCCUCAAGCUCAAGCUCACCAACAAUACACUCGACCAGCACGGCCAUAUCAUUUUGCAUUCCAUGCAUCGCUACCACCCGCGCUUCCACAUCGUCCAGGCGGACGACCUGUUCAGUGUCCGCUGGAGUGUUUUCCAGACCUUCACCUUCCCCGAGACUUCCUUCACGGCGGUCACAGCAUACCAGAACACCAAGAUUACAAAGCUGAAGAUCGAUCACAACCCGUUUGCAAAAGGUUUCCGGGAUGAAGGCACUAGUAAGAAAAGGCGUUCAAACAAGAAUCCAAACUGCCUGGAGAAACGAUCCAAGAUGUCAGACAUGUUGAACAGAGACUCUGAGGAGGACAGUCCAGCAGAUUUCUGCCGGUCAUCGUAUGAGGGUUACGACGGCGAUGAAGGAGACCUCCCCAAAAGGAAAGAGUCUGAUGGCGUCAAAGAGGAGCGUUACUCCCCGUGGGCUGCUGACAGGGAGCACAGUGUGAGGACUGAAUCUCCCGCUGGGGCCGACCCCAGGGACAUGUACAACACAGAGCAGCUUGUUCCUGCUCCAGCUUCCUACCAGCCGUACAGGUUCCACGAGUAUGGAAAGUCUCCCUCUCCCUCCUCCAGCGUCGGCAGCAGCAACAGUGGAUCAGGACGCAGCAGCUUUGAGUCGAGAGUCCCCGAUGUCACCACCGUCCCCGAUCACGACCCUUCAAAGCCCCGCACACAUGAGGUUGGCCCCUCGCCUUGCGGCCCCCAGCCCCUCCCUGCCCCCCAGGACUACACCGGGGUCCUCAACAUGACCAUGUCCCAGGCCGGCAAGAUCAGCCACCACAUCUACAGCCAGUACGGCGCCGAGCAGCCCCUUGGCCAGUGGAGCGGCCCCGGUCCGGCCCAGUACCCCCCUCCUCAUCACCUGACCGCUGACUACACCACGCAAGCUGUGCACCAUGGCUAUCACCAUGGCAACGUGGCCGAGUGGAGCCAGUACCCGCUGUUCUCUUACUCCUGCUGGUGAAGAGAUCUUCAACGGUAACGGACUGAGAGUGACUUUAACUGAUGCUGCUGCUACGCCAUCCCUGCCAGAAUGCUGAUCCAGUGCUCACAGCUAUGAGAUUGCAUGCCGAGACGAGGCUGAGGGCCAGAGGCCUGCGACGACAUUAGAAAAACUGAAAGAUGAGAAGAAGGAGACGCCUGUCGCUGCCUUCUGUUCAGGCUGGCAGGACUCAAAAGUGUGCUACGCCAUGCUGUAUUAUUGUUUAUUGUUGAAUUGUCUAUUUAUUUUGUAUUUCAUCUCAUCUCCAAGUUUAAAUAUUAUUUUUGUAAGAAAAAAUAAAUAAUAACACAUAAGUGUGCAAUGUAUGUCUGUCUUCAAAUUGUGAUGUGAUCUGAAAAUAAAAGCGUUAAAGUGAUUUGAUGCCUUGCUUAUGUGAAAAUACAUAUAUUUAAUCUUUUCCAUCUAUUGUCUAAACAAAGAUAGAACAUCCUUUUAAAAGAGGACACCUCGUUUACAUUUGAUGCCAGAGGUUGAUGAAUAAUACUUAUAAUACCUUACUCAUUAUGCUUGCAGUAUAACAAACUGUGAUACUCAGUUAUCACUACGAACCCUCUGAUUGGUUGUGACCAGAGCCCAGGCCUUCAUAGCUUCCACCGGUUGUUCUGGCCUUUAAGUUUCAAAUGUCCUGCCUGUAAUGUUGGUUCUCAUCCAAGCCGUGUUCUGCAUGCAGCAGGAAUGGAUUAGUGUAUUGUGAAGGUGUCUUUGUUUGCGGGUGCACAUCUGCAUACCUGGCCAGCUCUUAUACGCAUCACAUUUUCUGGUGGCGUUUGUUUGUAUUUCCUCUUUGUUGAUCUAACGAUGGCCACUCUGUCGUUUCAACAGGCCCAGCAUGCAUUAAAGACAUUGUAUUACUGUGACUCCGGCUCACCUGCUGAGGUUUACCCACCGGCAUCAUAAAGCAUUGCACGACUCUUGUUCUCCAUCUCAAUGAGCCUUAGAAAGCAUGAAAAUGGGGGGGCUGUUUGGCUCCUUUUCACAGCUGAAAAACACAAGCUGGGCCCAUCGCCUCCACCCUGAGUGGAUGUGAGAUGCU